AUGUCAUCCCUGGCGCCGCAAUGCUGGUCCUGUCGGCGCCGUCGCGUGCGCUGCGACUCCGAAAAGCCCGCCUGUCUGAAAUGUCAAGUAAAGGGUAUUGAGUGUCCUGGAUACGGCGACACGAAACCCUUAGUUUGGAUCAAGGGGCCAAAUGCAAGGAAGAAACGGCGGAAAGUCGACGCCCACCAGACUUCUGGCGAGUCACUUGUUUCUGCAGAAAAAGGACUGACAUAUCAACAUGCUCAUCACCUGGAGAGGACGUUAACGCUCCAAGAGAAAUUUCCGGCUGGAUCAAAGGGUAUCUGGGCGGAUGCAGCAGAGCGAAGACAGAAAGCAGAAGGUACAGUACAGGAAUUUGGGAGUCAGUAUUUCCCUCCAAAGUUGGCGAAUUUGGUUCGUUGUAUGGAGUACUACAACCGAUUCUUAUGCGGAACCAUGUCACCUAUUGUGAGCGAAUGCAAUCCGUUCCGAAUCAAGGCUUGCUUUUGGCACUUCACACCGCCAAUACUAUUGGAUAUGUUCUUUCUAGUCGUUGCGAGACACCGGUUCAUAAGGGAGACACAGAGUCGGACGCGAUUUGAGUGGACGGAGCACGUGAGGUCGCUGGAGAAUGAUAUAAGCAAGCAUACAUUUUCGGCCGUGACUCAAUUAAAUCAGAGAUUGAGUGAACCGAAGACCCAGAAAGAGAUGAUAACAUUAAUCUGUGUAUUCAUCUUGAUGAUCUCAGAGGUUCAGCGCUGCUCCGUCGGCAAAAAAUGGAAAGCACACUUCCAAGGCGCCCGAGCCAUCGUCGAUCUACAUGGUGGCAUGAAAAUAUUUUUGCGAUCUGAAGAGUAUGCCGUGCGUAACCUCAUGACAUACCUUAUCCUAAUUGAAACCAUGCGUCUCACGACCUCGAACAUACACAAAGAGCCUCUCGCAUCCGAACAAAAACAGUAUCUCUCAUACGUCCCUUCUCUUUACAACGACGGCGUCUGGACUGUCAUGCCGUGCUCGCAUCACCUUCUGACGGCCAUCAUGCGGACGAACGACCUGCGCGCUCGCCGCUAUACAGCAUCUCUUCCAGAGCUCGCCGUGAUUCAACUCGAAGCGAGAAAGCUCUUCAUUGAGCUCAAUGCCUUCGAUCCGAAGCAAUGGGCUGAUGCUGCGGUCAUCAUCCAGGAUCUCGCGCCGAAGAUGAAGCAGACAGAGUGGAACACACGACUGCUCUCCUGGCCACUACCAAAAGAAAGUGUCGAGCGAGCCGUAGGCACGAAAGAGCGCGACGCGAAAAUGUGGCUGUGCUUAGGCCAUGUGUACCUGUCUGCAGUUAUCCUAUUCCUGCUGCGCUCACUUCUUCUCCCUAUCUUUGGCCCGAACACUAUCGUACUUCCAGACUCGGUCAUGACAAUCCAGCAGUUUCGCAUCGAACACUUGCGCAAACUACUCAUGAAUAUUGACAUGUUGUUUGCGACGCGUAAUACGAAUAUUCCUUUUUAUCUGUACUGUUUCUGGCCCAUGGUCAUUGCCGGGCUUGAGAUUAGUGGGAAGGACAAAGCGAGUAAGACGAUGAUUCGAAAUCGGCUACACGAUAUGAGUGUGAUUCUCGGGUUUCACAGUAUGAUAGAUGCCAGUGAGUUCUUAGAGAGAUAUUGGGCGAGGGGAUCACCAGUUGUGGAUACAAGCGUCGCAUGGGACGAGAUCUGGGAUAAUGAGGAUCCCUGCUUGUUCGUAUUGUAA